UUGCGUCAACGUCGAGUGCGGCCAAGGGCCUCUCGCGCUUUUCUAGCAAUCACGCCAGUUGCCUCUGGGAUUCCUUCGUAUCGUGUUGAAAGACUUAACCGACUCGCGCCGUUUUUUCGAUAAACUGAUAAAGAAUCGGGCCGAAUCGCGAGGAUAGCGAAUCUAUCAUCGCCUGGCGAGGCGUUAUACAGUCCACGAGACGACAAAGAGAUCGAGGGCGAGAAAACGAGAAAAAGACAGAGAUAGCGCGUUGGGACGCGUUGGAAAUUUUUUCGACUCGAGUGUGUGUGUGUGAGAGAGAGAGAAAGAGAGCGAGAGAGAGAGAGAAGAGACGAGACGAGCUAAAGCUAAAAGGGCUUCAAGCGACAGAGCUGCGAAAACUACGCACCGAGGCGGAGUAAUAUGAGUAAUGCAGCCAACCAGAAUGGAUCAGGUCUAGAGCAGCAGCUAGCUGGUCUGGACUUGCAGGGCUCCCGCCAACCAAGUGGGGGCCGCUACGUUCCACCGCAUCUUCGUCAUAAAGCUGCGAGUAAUCCACCCUCGGAUUUAAAUUACUCUUCCAACUCUAGACCAUUUGGAGAUAGAGAUAGAGGAGGAGAUCGCGAUCGCGACCGAGAAAGAGACCGUGAUCGAGAUAGGGGUAGGGGCGGUUAUCGAGACUCGCGGAGUCCUCGCGACGUUGAUUUUGCGAACUUCGGAAGCUUCGGUGGGCGCAAUAGGCGCAGUCAGGAAAAUGGAAGAGAUUAUAGAUACUCCAACUCCGAACGCGAUCGACCAAUUAGCGGCAAUGAUCGCUGGCAGGAGCCUAUUAGAAAUGAUCGCUGGCAAGAUAACAGAAAUGACAGAAUGGGCGGAGGAAGAUGGGGCGACGACAGAGGCGGAAGAGGCGGUAGAGGCGAGGUCGACUGGACGAUCCCCACUGCCAGGGAUGAGCGAUUGGAGCUGGAGCUGUUUGGCUCUGGCAAUACUGGGAUCAAUUUUAGCAAAUAUGAGGAUAUCCCAGUUGAGGCUACCGGUGAGAACAUACCACCACACAUCACAUCUUUUGACGAGGUUAAGCUGACAGAGAUAAUAAAGAAUAGCAUCGCCUUGGCAGGAUACGAUAAGCCUACACCGGUACAGAAGUAUGCGAUACCGAUCAUUAUCGAACGCCGUGACGUGAUGGCCUGCGCUCAAACCGGGUCCGGUAAAACAGCGGCCUUCUUAGUGCCAAUACUGAAUCAGAUUUAUGAGAGCGGACCGCGACCACCACCACCACAAGCAAACUCCUCCGGCAGGCGUAAACAGUAUCCGUUAGGUUUAGUGUUGGCUCCCACGAGAGAGCUUGCUACACAGAUAUACGACGAAGCACGGAAGUUUGCAUACCGAUCGCGUAUGCGUCCCGCGGUCGUAUAUGGUGGUUCUAACAUAGUAGAUCAAAUGCGCGAGUUAGAUCGCGGUUGUCACCUACUUGUGGCGACGCCUGGGCGUCUGGUGGACAUGCUGGGACGUGGUAAAAUUGGCUUGCAUAAUUGCCGAUUCUUGGUACUCGAUGAAGCAGAUCGCAUGUUGGAUAUGGGUUUUGAACCGCAAAUAAGACGUAUCGUUCAAGAGGAUAACAUGCCACCGACUGGAGAGAGACAGACUCUCAUGUUCUCUGCUACUUUCCCAAAAGAGAUUCAAAUGUUAGCCAGAGAUUUCCUCAGCAACUACAUUUUCUUGGCAGUUGGUCGCGUGGGAUCGACUUCCGAGAAUAUUACACAGAAGAUAGUAUGGGUAGAGGAACAUGACAAACGUUCAUACCUACUUGAUUUACUACAAGCUAGCAACUUUUCAGAUCCUACUGCUGAAUCACUCACCCUAGUGUUCGUGGAGACUAAAAAAGGUGCCGACAUGCUCGAAGAAUACUUGGCCUCAAUGGGAUACCCGGUUACAAGCAUUCACGGUGAUAGAACUCAACGCGAGCGAGAGGAAGCAUUGCGUCGGUUCCGUGCGGGCAAAGCACCGAUUUUGGUCGCUACUGCAGUGGCAGCACGUGGUCUCGAUAUACCCCACGUUAAGCAUGUCAUUAAUUUUGAUUUGCCUGGUGAUGUUGAAGAAUAUGUUCAUCGUAUCGGUCGUACCGGUCGUAUGGGCAAUUUAGGUUUAGCCACAUCAUUCUUCAAUCAUAAGAAUCAUAAUUUGGUACGUGACUUGGUAUCACUGCUUAUCGAAGCCAAUCAGGAACUUCCACCCUGGUUGGAUGAUAUGUAUACUGAAGCGAGAUAUUCCGGAGGUGGAUCUCGACGACCAGGCGGUGGCGGCGGCGGCGGCGGUGGUGGUGGUGGUGGUGGUGGUGGUGGCGGUGGCACCAAAGGGCGCUUCAGUGGUGGCGGCUUUGGUGCAAGAGAUUAUCGUCAACAACCCAGUUCUGGGUCUGGUCGUAGUAAUGGGCCCUCUAGACCUGGUGGUUAUGGAGGCGGUUAUUCAAGUUACGGAGGUAACUAUAAUAAUUCAUCGUACAAUAAUUCCACUAAUAACGGCAACAGCGGCCCUGACUGGUGGGGAGCAUCAUGGGACAAGUAGACAAUUAUUUCCAUCUCUAUUUCUACUUCUAUCAUUAUUAUUAUUACUCUACACGCAAAUUCUAUUAUAUGUAAGAAAGACACGACAUCAUGUCUGACACUACAUAAAUGUGUUUUGCGCGCGUAUACAUGUACACACACAUGCGCAGAGUACAGACAGUUUCACGUAUUCACGUUUUCGCUGACUGCCUGUGCACUCCAAGUUUUUGGAUGAGAAGCAAAAAAGAAAGAAUACUUAUGUUUAAAUUCCACUAUAUUACAUUUGUUCAUGAGCGAUAAAUUGACAAAUCCUGCGUGCAAUUUAGUAUUCGCGCCGGUGGAUCGCCGGAGAAUAUUUCAAAUAUGAAUGAUCUCACCAUAAAAAGUGCGAGUAUCGUAAAGGAUUUGUUCAACACUUAUUAGUUAGAGGUCCAUUUCGUUGCCGUGCGUGCUGAGAAACACAAGUAGUAUAAUCAUUAAUGAAUCAAAUCAGUAAAUCGUUAAUCCCUGUUUGAAGGGAAUAACGAUGUAACACAUAGUAGCUGAAGAAACUUAGUAAAAUUUUUUAGAACUCCUGUCGAGACUAUGGGGCUCAUCGUAACUUUAUUAUUUACAUAUUCUUUUUUUUCUUUCAUAGGGAGUGCGGUAGGCGUAUCUUCGGUAAUUAUAGCGUUUAAACGUUUGACUGUUGUAAAACAUUUUAAUGCACAAGUAUUUUAUUGCCUUUGCUACCAUAAUGGCCAGUAAAAGUCAUGCAGUUUCGUUCCAAUGGCAUAAUUCUUUAAUUAUAUAUGCACGUUUAUCGCCUAGGAUACGCCAAAUUACCGUCGCCAUGGAUUAUAUAUAUAUAUAUGUAUAUAUGUGUGUGUAUAUAUAUAUAUACACACAUAUAUAUAUGUGUGUGUGUAUGUAUAUAUAAUGAUUCUUUAUUAUUUUUUUCUUUAAUUUGCUAUAGUUCAGCGACGAAUGGUACUUUGUUGUUUUGCCGUCCCCAAAGAGAGACGAUAUUGCGUCGGCAAUAUGUUUAUCUGAAUAAGCAACGUGAAUUUUUCGGGGAUCGACGGUUUUGCUAUUGAGAAUGAUAAAAUGGCAACACAGGCUACGUCUUAGGAUACCUUUAGAAAUCUCACAUUUUUGUUAUAGCCUAACAUAUACAUCGAUAAUUUAGAAAAUUUCAAGACGGCGCUUAUGCGAUUUACAGGCAGCAGUUAUUUUCAUAAGUUAUUCUCGCAUAACUUUAGCCAUUACAGUGAAACCUCGAUACGUACGGUGAUUAUAAAAUGUCAAUAUAAAGAGUAUAUUUUGUCACAAUAAUGUAAAACUUUUGUUCAAAGUAAUAAUUCUUUAGUUUGUCGAUUAAAUUGUUCAUGGUCUUUGCACUGUCUCUCUUCCACGUUGUGAACGUUUGUGAUCUUAGACGAAGAAAUUUUCAAUACUUGUAACGAAUAUGGAGGUUUCACUAUAUAAAACGCGGCUAGAUAUGUUUUUAGUGAAAAGAGCAGGUAUAUAUAUAUAUAAAUAUUUUAUGUACCUGAGCUUAAGAGUGGUUCUACAGAUAGAACUGCGUUGAUCCCACGUAGAAGCGUGCUUCUCGAAUAGCAUUUCUAAAUGUAACGGAGACGUUGCCCUGCGAAAUUGGUUUGGCGCUUUAUACAAAAUCUUAGUCUGCAGUACCGAAUGCGAAUGUGUGAGUGCUCAUAUGGAAGAUAAAUUAUAUUGAGACGGGUUAAAAAUACGGUUGCAGUUACAGAGGGGUAUUAAAACAAAGAGCAAAGGGAGCGAUGCUUUUGCAUUGAUAUAGCGGGCUCUAUCUUCAUUAAGAAAAAAAAGGGGAGGGGGGGAAAAGAUAGAAAGCAGCAUAAGCCUCUUAAGGGAGACACACGGGGCGCACUCAUAUUAUUUUCUAGCUGUAUUUAUCAGUAUGAUACGCGCGUUAUAUAUAUAAAUACAUAACACUAAAAUAAUUGAGAAACGACUGUGAUAUCGAACGAUCUUGUGACAUUCAAUUUCCACGCGAAUUGAUAAAUGAACAAUUAACGGAAUAACAAAUACAAUAAAUAUGUAUUAAUUAAUCGGUAUUGAAUGUCGGGAAGGUAAAACUAGCUCAGUUUGUUUGAGCUAAGAACAAGAAUAUUAAGUCGUUAACAGUUAAUACACACAAGACAACGUGGCUGUUGUCCGAUCAGGGAGGGCUGAACGCUAGGCUCUUGCGGUCCCGGGGGACCUUUCUAGGGCAUUGUUUCUGCUUAAAGUAACGCGCAUUAAUGAUAUAUAGGUGACGCGAGCUCGCGAAGUCAUUUACCGGUUGAAUGAUGAUGAUGAUGUUGGUAGGGCUUUGUAGGAUGUCGAUAUCGUUUUGUGCUAAACGUCGGAUUCUUGUCUAUCUAAUCUACUACGUGAGGAAAAAAGUACAAAUUCGAUUUGCGUCACAACCGACAGGAUUUUUAGACAUGUCAUACUUAUACCUGUUAUAUUACUAGAUUUAAUAGUGCAAUUCGCGUGCGUGAAUCGUAUGCCGUGUGACCGUGGACCAAGGUGUGAAUGAAUCCCUCUUUCUUUUACGAGAGGGAUUGAUAAUUAUUUCAUCUAGAGCAUUCAAGGGGUGGGGUAGCGUUUAACGAGGUAAAAUAUCGUUGGCUUCCGACCGUUGGGUGCGAGUGUUCUCAAAUUUUUAAUACGAUUCGUCAUCGAGGCUAUAUUAUGUCAGCUCUCGGAGGCCCUGCCAAGAACGUUACUUACAGAAAGUUCUUUCGUGGACGGCGAUACUCCUCGUCCCUUUGUGUAUCAUUUCGUAAGGAGACUUGCAUCGGUUCCGAGACUGAUGUUACACACGCAGACUUCUUGCGUCUUCUUUCCUAUUUUAUUUUGUAUUAUUUUAUAAAAAGUGACGAAGGAAAAGGUAUCAAUAGAGUUCUGAUUACACGGGAUAAUUGUUUACGAACAAAAAGGCAGAUUAUGCAAAACUGAUAAAAUUUGAUACAAUCAUUAACUCUUGGAUGCAUGAAAAACAAGGGCUUUUGAGAUCUUUUCUUUCUUCUAGAUUAUUUCUAUGAGAUAUCCCGUGUUGUCUUUUAUCUGUACUCGAUUUAAAAUUUAUUCCAUUAGGAGACUACGCAUCCAAGGGUUAAAGUUCAACUGCAUUACGAUGCGUUAGAUAUUCGCGACGCGUCGAUCGCGUUACGCGUUUUAAUCAGUCCUAUGCAUUUCGAAACGACACUUUGUUUACAACUUACGUGGUGGGCAGAGAGGAGUAUUUCAAAUAGCGGCGAAAUAGCGGUGAUUAUAACGAAUGCCGCUUCCAUACUAAUUGUCAUUGUUGUUUAGUUUUGUUUUCCCUUUAUAUGCGUGAUAGCGUCCACGAUCGAAAUUGAUCACCGAUUGGCGAAGAAAGUAUCAUCUUAUUUAAUCACAAUCAGUGAUUUCAUGACAGAAUUCUUAAGAGUUAAAUAGAUUCUUCGGAUUUUCUUCAAUCUACAAAUCGCUUUUGUUCAUAAAAUAUAGAUAAAUCUCAUUUUUUAAUAGCAUUUAAUCAAUUUCUUUAUAUGUAAAAUGGGGUAAUUUUGUCUCAGUCGGAAUAACUUUGGCUCAAAUUAUUAAAAAAGUCUGGUUAUCACGCAUGUUCAAAAUCAAAACAUAAAACGUCUUAAAAACAUUUUUAAAUUGUUUUUAAAACUUCAUGUUUUUUUCCGAUCUUGAUAUGCUGGACAUCAUCAAGAAUUUGAAUCAAAGUUUUCCCGUUUUACCAUGGAUUCUUGAAGAGUUAAAAUAGAUAAAUUUCGUUUUGUACUUCUCAUAAAUCAGAGACACGUAAUAUCGAACCUGAUUAUCAUCGAAUGUUCCUGCAAAAUAGUCAAAUGUCCACCGUGUAAUAAACUCACAUAUGUGUAAAUUAAAUGUACGGUACUAUGAUUUUUUUUAUAGCGUAUUAGCAUACUUAGGAGAGAUAGAAAACGAUAUACCGCGAUUAUAUUAUUUAUUGAUCGAUUUAGUAUUUAUUUUCUACGUUUCGGAAGGUAAACAGUAAAUGUAUCUUCUGUACUGUACACGUACUUUUCGUCUCAUGUUUGGUCCUCUGAAGUAUAUCGGACGAGCAGCCUUAGAGAAAAAACAAAGAAACACUUUAUGGAUACAAAUAUAAAGAAUGGAAUAUAUGAUCAGACGAAAGAUUAAUUUAAAGAGUAUAGUGCGAGGAAAGGCAAGGAAAAGGAAAGGGUGAAAUGAAAACGAGAAGGGGGCUAAAGGGCUAUCGGAUGAAUAGGCAUUAAAGAGGGGGAUAAAA